GAGGCAGCUCAGCGCGUCCCGCCAGGCCCUGGCGUCUCCCCCCGGCCGGGCCACGAGUCUGGAUUCUGCCCCGUGACCAACGGCCUCUACUUCAGCUACGAGUGCGAGGCCCGGUGCCACGGGGACGGCGAGUGCCCCGGGGCCCAGAAGUGCUGCCUGCGCGGCUGUGACCACGAGUGCUUGGCCCCUUCGGAAGAGAAGCCCGGCGUCUGCCCCCUGACGGACGGGACCACGUCCACGUCGCCCUCGUGCAAGUCCUCGUGCAAGGAGGACAAGGAGUGUGCGGGGGACCAGAAGUGCUGUGCCACGGGGUGUGGCCGGAGGUGCCGGGCCCCAGAGAAAGAGAAGCCCGGCGCGUGCCCCAAGCAGAAGCCCUGGCAGACCCUGGUGCCGUGCACCGAGCGGGACACGUGCGCUCACGACCGGGAUUGCCCCCAGCAGGACAAAUGCUGCUUCGCCGGCUGUGCCAUGCACUGCGUGCCCCCCUACCGAGAGCACCCCGGGGCCUGUCCCCUGGCAGCGCCCUGCAGCGACCCGAGGCAGCGCCGCUCCAACUGGUGUCUGGACGACCACGUGUGCGAGCGCCACGAGAAGUGCUGUGACACGGGGUGCGGUCGGGCGUGCGUGGCCGUGCGCACAGGUACGGGCACCGCCCCCCCCCCCCCCCCUCCAC